ACUGACGGACCACGCUGUGAAUGGAUCGGGACCAGUCUACAUCCGGGACAUGGUGAAACCCUGCAUCCCAACCCACGCACUCCGAUCUGCAUCUGGCAAGCUGCUUGUUCCUCCCUCACUGAGAGAAAAGCACUCGACGAGAUGGCGACUCUUUGCUGUCCUGCUCCCAGAUGGUGGAAUGAGCUCUCUGAUGACAUCAGGACCGCAGAGAGCCUCUCCAUCUUCCGUCGAAAACUCAAGACACACCUUUUUAGACUCUACCUUGACCAAAACACUAGCAAACCGUAGCACUAACAAAUGGUAGCACUUAAAUUGUACUUAUAAUGCCACUUAUCUUUAACAUGUUUUGGGCGGUGAUUUAUUCAGUCAUGUUUAGUCAUAUUUUGUUUUUUUUACUUGUCAAUAUGGUUUGGUACAUGCCGAGUUAAUCAAUACACAUUCUAAAGUGCAACGUCCAUAUGUGAAUAAGAGUUGUAUACGUUUAUCAUAGUCAAUAUGGUAUGGAAAUAUCCCUUAUGUAGUUGGUCAAUAGGAACUAUAGUAGGCAGAAAUAACAGCUAAGGUAAUUACAGGUGGAUAUUUCUGGGAAUUAACCUUGAUUGAGACUGCAUCUAUGAUAUCUAAGAUAUACAGGACAAGAAAAAUGCACUGGAUGUGUAUAUGUGUUGAAUCAAUUAUACAGACGCAAACUGGAGAACGAGACAAGUGUUGCUGUGAUACUUAUUGUGGUCAUCGUGCCCGAGACCCGUAACAAUUACUCCGCAGGUCUUUUGCAGCGGGGCAACAGCCCGGCGUCGGUGGAUUCCGUUCGCGAGGCCGCAGAUUCAGAUGAGAACGAUGUCUGAUGAGACAGAACAGAGGAUGUGUGAUGAAGACUUUGGUUCAGACGAGGAAGGUGAGGAGGGAGAUGUGGAGUCCUUUCUGGAGGACAACAGCAGCGAACUGGUGGACCGACUCCGGGAGCUGGAGGCUGAAAACUCUGCUCUGGUGUUGGCGAAUGAGAGUCAAAGAGAAGCUUACGAGAGGUGCUUGGACGAGGUGGCCAACCACGUGGUCCAAGCGCUGCUCAAUCAAAAGGAUCUGAGGGAGGAGUGCAUCAAGCUGAAGAUGUUGGUGUUCGACCUGGAGAGACAAAACCGAUCGCUUUGUGAGCUCUUUCAGCACAAACUGCCCAACCACCCAACCGCUCACUACCAGGUCCAGGCUGGUCCUCUCCCAGACUACAAUGCACAGCUGCACAAUGACGCGGCCAAACAGGUGGAGCCUGCACAGACUGAAGCACAAGCCAAGGGAAAUGGUUACCGCACACAACAUGCCUCCCCCGGGCCGCGGGGCUCCGCCGCCUCCAUGGAGGCCCUGUCUCCCUUCUUCAAGAAGAAAGCACACAUCCUGGAGGUACUUCGCAAGAUGGAGGAGACAGACCCCCUGAAGUUCCACCCGUCCACCGCGAGCCUGUCCUUCUGCGACUACAGCCAGGUGCUCAUGUCCACCGAGGCGGUUUUGGCCACCGCCGACCCCCUUCCGCUGCCCUGCAAGUCCCACCACUCGCACUGCAACUACUCGUGCUCCGACGCCGACUCGCAGCAGCGCGUCAACGGCGACGGGGCAGCCAAGUGUGACGGAGGGAACUCCUGCUGUUUGCACUGCAAGAGGAGCCCGGACAGUCCCCCAAAGCCAUGCAGCCAUGUCUGCACUCCUCCCAAAGCCAAGCCGGCCGCCCAGAGCCACGUAGCCCCCGAAUGUCACAGUAGGAGCCGAGCGGCGGAGUCCAUUCCCCCGUCGAAACACUGCAACAAGAAUGAAGCCCACCGGCCGCCAGCGGGCGCCGCCGCCGCCGCGCAGUCCUCCGUCACAGAGGCGGGCGAUCGGGGUCUGGAGGGGACGGGGACGGAGCGAGAGACGCAGCGCUCCGAGAGUUGUCCAAGCGCCGAAGAGCUCGCGGGUUUCUGUCCCGCCUCCCAGCUGCCCGCUUCCGCGCCAGACAGCGCGCAGACCUCCCACUGUGACACGGAGACCGACGGCGACGGCGUCAAGCCCGCGGCGCCGAGCGAGCCCUCCCCCGUCCCCGAGAGGGAGCGCACAGAUCAGGAGGCCUCCUCCGCCAGAGCCAGUGCCUCCGUCAGCCCCAGCACGUCGUGCCUGACCGACGUCAAGACCGCCGCCAUCAACUCGCCGUCCAAACUGCUCAAGUUCCUGAAGAUCCCCACGAUCGGGGAGAAGUCUCAGCCUGCGGCCUCCGCCGUCCGCCUGAGCCCCCAACUCACUCGCAGCUCCAGGAUCCCCUGUCGCACCAACAACUACGAGGUGUACCACUCGCCGGUUCCCCCGCGCAGAGCCACCACCACCGAGCGCUGCAGGCAGCCCCCUCCGCCGCCCUCCAGGUCCGAGUCUUACCCCGCCACGCACUCGGCGCCAACCUCGCCUCCUCAGCCCGAGGACGUCUCCGUCUCGCCCGCCCAGGAUCUGGGCUGCAGCCUGUCGGCACCUGAAGCCGCUGCAAACAUGGGGGCUCCUACGGCGGCCUCCUCCUCCUCUUCCUCCUCCUCUUCACCCAAAGUAUCUCAGAGGGUCCCUCAUUAUGAAAAUGUCUGCAUGAUGUCUACCAACUCCAGAGAGGAGCAACCAACCCAGGGCCUUGAAAAAAGAACCACACUUCCAUCCCAAAUAAAGGCCAACGGGGGUGAGAGGAAGCUCGUUAAAUCGCUGCCCGAAAGCGUCCUCAACCCUCCCCCUCAAAGGAAGCAGUCGCCCUCGUCCUCGUCGGAAUCCACAUCGGAUGAGGAAGAGGAUUCAGACAGCCCGGUGUGGGUCAACCACCACAGCCUCCCCAACGCAGCCGCCGUCGACAAGGUGGCGCCGGUCCGAGCCAGCUUCUCUCAAACCAGAGAGCGACAGGAGGCAGACGCCAGGGAGAUCCCUCUGCAGAGCUGCGAGGCCGCCCAGCAGCCGCCCCCGCCUCCCGCCAGGAGGAGCGGCGACUCCUCCAUCCCCAAGAGGCCCGCGGCCGCGGCCACGAGGCCCCCGGCGGACUCCAGCCACCACGCCUUCAAAGACCGGCUGGCUGCGCUCGGGAAGUUGAGGAGCUCCGAGGAUCUCCAGGUCGGCCUCCGGCCGGUCGAGGCGGUGGGCGAGGGCCCGUUUGUAGAAGAAAGGAGGAAGGAGCCCACGGAGCUGCCAAAAGAGGAGCAGAGACAUUCAAAAUACACAGACCCCGGGGACGGUAAACCUAGACUUAGCGGCGGUGGUUUGAAGUACCCCGCUUCAUCGCAGCUGUACGAACACGCCGUUAAAUCCUCCGCGUCAGUGGCGGUCAAACAGGAGCCGUGCGUGGCCAAGACGGAAGGCUCCAAGAGUAAAAUCGCUCUGCCGCCCCCCAGCGCGGACGCUCCGCAGGUACUACGCAACAACAUCAAGUGUCCCGCCUCCUUAAAUCUGGCCCAUAACCUUAAACCGGGCGCCGGUCCUCACGGUAGCAACAGCCCCAACAAAAUCCCCCCAAAGUCGCCGUCCAAGCCUUGCCAGGGCGCGUCCAUCCACAGGGGGGCGAAGCCCGCCGAGGCCCCGCGCUACUCCUCCAAAUCGGAGGAGAGGACCAAGAUCAGCGGCAAAGGCAAAAAGAAUCCGAUGUACGGGGACAGCCUGCCGCCGCCCCCGCCGAGGCCUCCCGUGUGCGAGGGGGAGGAGAAGCCGCCGCCGCCGGUCCCCAGCCCGCAGUCCGCCAUCGAGCAGAAGGUGAUGAAGGGCAUCGAGGAGAACAUGCUGAAGCUCCAGGAGCAAGACCGAGGAGCGCAGGUCAGCGAGGUCAAGCAGAAGGCCUCCAACGGCAUCGCCAGCUGGUUCGGCCUGAAGAAGAGCAAGCUGCCGGCGCUGAGCCGCAAGGCGGACGCCGCGCCCAAGGCCAAGGACGAGAAGAAGGAGUGGAAGAUCAACAUCCCCUCGGUGAGCAGGGACUCCGCGAAAAUGGCCGGCAAGUGCAAAGAGGGGGUGGAGGGCCUGAACAUCUCGUCCCUGAUGGAGAAGGCGGAGGGGCUGCGGAGGGCGCUGGAGGAGGAGAGGGCCUACGUGGAGAGGUCGGGGAGGGGUCACUCCUGUGAGGUGGUGAUGGACCCAGCUCAGGGACAGCUGGCUGUGAUGUACCGGGGGGGACGCUCCGACAACUUCAUGCAGCAGCUGUUGAACAGAGUGGACGGGAAAGACAUGAUCAGCGUACCCCAACGUCGGCUCUCGUUCGAUUGCAAGACCUCCAAGCCAGUGUUUUGUCAGCAGGGCGACGUCAUCUCUCACACCACCAGUCGCGACGAUAUGGAGAAGGGGUCCGAAAGAAUCGGCAAAAUAACAUCAGAUGAAAAUCUUGCAGAUUCAGUUCACGCUCAACACUUUGCAGGUUCUGGAGCGUCCACGUACACUCUGGACAGCGGCAUCGGUACGUUCCCCCUGCCCGACUGCAGCAGCGGCGCCGCGGGGCGGAGCCUGUCCAAGACGCGGGCGGGGGCCGAGCGCCACUCUUCUGGCUCCCCGGGGAGGGCCGGCCGCCGGGCCCGCACCCUGGACAGGGAGCCCACGUCUCAGGACGAGUGCUACGCGCCUCACAAACAGCUGAUUCCGACCAUCCAGUACGGCUCCGUGCUGGAGGGGAGGAGCUCCGCCGGCGUCAUCCGUGAAGACCAAGAGGCCCACGGAGCGAACAUGUUUUCCCCUCGCUCGAAGACCUGGACCUUCCCCAACCUGAAGACCGCAGCAGGACCAGCAGAGGUUUACCUGGCAGUGGAGGAGGAGGAGGAAGAGGAGCCGGUGUCCUUUGGAUCUCCAUUCAGAGGGAGCAUGAAGGUGGGCGGUCCCUCCCCCAGGCCGCCGGGCGACCCGGGCAGCCUGCCCGUCCCGGCCCAGUCGGGGAUGAUCCGCAGGGGGAAGACCCGGACCCCCAGCGUCCCCGAAGUGAGCCGGGAGGCCGGCCUGGAGCUGCUCAGGGAGCGACCGGAGGAGGCGCUGUCCCCGAGCCGCCCCCAGGUCCUGGAGACGCCCGAGUCGCUCAGUGAUUCUCUCUACGACAGUCUGUCGUCCUGCGGAAGCCAAGGAUGAUCCAGCCAAGGAUUUGGGGGGGGGGAAGAGAGAGAGGAGCUAACUAGUCCAUGGACAAUGAGACACAACCCCGCUCUGCAGGCCGUACUGUGAUGCUGCUGACCCACCGCCAUCUUUGAGGAAGAGAAACCGUGCUCUUUAGAUGUUUCACAAGAAUAUUGUGGCGACGCUUUCUCAUCAGCUGUUUCUCUGUUGCAACUGGAAAGAGAUCAAUAGACCUCUCAGGAUUUCCUAUAAACAUGAAGCCAAAAGCCACCCCAGAUCAUAGAGGCUGUUCAUUUUUCUCACAAUCAGACUCUCCUGUGGACACUUUGAUUCAUGUAUAGAGGACUACAAAACGCAUGGCUAUGCUAAUGAUUAGCACAAAAGUUGUCACUUCUGGUAGUUGUUCAGCAACUUGUCUUUUUGUUUUGACUCACCUUGGUAGACGGAUCGUUUGUUGUGUACAUCAAGCAAGAGCGGUUCAACGGCUGGUGAUCUGUGUCAAUACAUCCGUUCUGGACAUCAUUUAGUCAAAUAAUGUAUUGGGGGGGGGGGGGGGGGGACCCUGAAAAAAAACCAAACUCCUUAAAAAAUGAAUGUUAAUAUCUGUGAUUAUUUAUUGCUAAACUCAUGCAUCACAAUUUUAAAUGUAUAAACAAUUAUUACUGAUUUGCAUCAGAAAAUGUCUUUUAAAAUCAUUAUACAUUUAAAGGUAAUAUAUACCAGCAAUAAUAACAUAGAUAAGAGAAAAGGCUACACUAUUCAAUGAAUAUGUAUUUCUAUUAUUUAUUUUGAAUGUACAUCAUUUGCAGUGAAAUUGCAGUCUCUUCGCUUAGUAAGUAUGUUCAUAACUGUAUUUCAACAUCUCCGUUGCCGUUCGUUCCCUAGCCAAUAGAGGUCCUAUGUACCAACUGCCGUUUUUCAACUUUCUAAUUAAAAAAUGUUUUGAUUUA